AGAGGAAAUUCCUGAGCAGCAGGGCUCCUUGCAUCGCUCAAGAUGCCAAAUUACAAAAUCUUCCCAAAGUUGCCGCUCCUUUCUUACAUCGAAAAGGUACACAUCCGCUACAGACCUGGAGCACAAAACGUGGAGACCUGCAGAAGGCUCAUGCUCAUGCUUCUUAAUCCGCAGAUACACAAAAAGUAUCCGCAACUCAAGUAUUCCUAUGAGCUCCUGAGCUACAAUGAACGACCGGAAAUCCACUUGACUGUGAGCCCAAAUGUGCCGCUCAGGUUCUACGCCGACCUGUACACCCUGGAGGAUAUUCACCGCAUCAUCGACUCACACCAGUAUAAAGCACAUGUAUCAUACACCAAGACCCACUCACUAGAAGCAGAUGACGGAACCGAUGAUUAAUUGGACGUAGCUAGGGUUGCUGUGGAACAGCUACGGCUUUCCGGCCCACCAGCUCUAUCUAGUCAUGCAGUAAAUGUCUCUGGUUAAGCUCUAAAAUGGCUCCCUACUAUGGAAUAGAUAGACAACAUUAUGGAAGCGAUAGGAAUUAAUCUGUCAGGGCGGCUAUAACUAGCAUUACGGGGAGCUGCUUUGCGGUAGUGUUGCCAGUUUGUUCUGUAACGUUUAAAGAGCAGAGAGCAACUCACCAGGCGUGCGAUUGUAUAUUAUAUCAACGACUCUAAAGUCUACAAUGUCGUUUAAUCGGUAAAUCUUUCGAGAAGAGUCCGUAAUCUUGGACCAACACUUGGCAUUCUUGUCGCUGGAAAAUUGUUAUUGGCGUUUCAAAGGACAAGAACAGCACGCAUGUGGUAUAUGCAAGGUGAAUGAUGGCGAAAAACUUACUAGCGAUAU